GGCACUUCCCAGUCUGGGUCGGCCUUCGCCUGUCGCGGUCGCCUUCUGGGUGCCGCCGCCGCCUCUGCUCUUCUGCCGCGCCCGGGCCGUCCGCCCGCAGCCAUGAGCACGCUCGGCCCCGGUGGAGCCCGUCGUCCUCUAGAUUAGUCGCCGCCGCCUCUUGAAACCCGCCUGCAGCAUGGAGUCGCCUGCUUCAAGCCAGCCCUCCAGCAUGCCCCAGGCCAAAGGCAAAUCCAAGAGGAGGAAGGAUUUACGGAUAUCCUGUGUGUACAAGCCGCCUGCGCCCAACCCCACACCUCCCAGGAACCUGGACUCCCGGACUUUCAUCACUAUUGGAGACCGAAACUUUGAGGUGGAGGCUGAUGACCUGGUGACCAUCUCAGAGCUGGGCCGUGGAGCUUAUGGAGUGGUGGAGAAGGUGCGGCAUGCCCAGAGUGGCACCAUCAUGGCUGUGAAGCGGAUCCGAGCCACUGUGAACUCCCAGGAACAGAAGCGGCUGCUCAUGGACCUGGACAUCAACAUGCGCACAGUCGACUGCUUCUAUACCGUCACCUUCUACGGGGCCCUCUUUAGAGAGGGAGAUGUGUGGAUCUGCAUGGAGCUCAUGGACACGUCCCUGGACAAGUUCUACCGGAAGGUGCUGGAGAAAAACAUGACAAUUCCAGAGGACAUUCUGGGGGAGAUUGCGGUGUCUAUCGUGCGGGCCCUGGAGCACCUGCACAGCAAGCUGUCUGUGAUCCACAGAGACGUGAAGCCGUCCAAUGUGCUGAUCAACAGGGAGGGCCACGUGAAGAUGUGUGACUUUGGCAUCAGCGGCUACCUGGUGGACUCCGUGGCUAAGACGAUGGAUGCUGGCUGCAAGCCCUACAUGGCUCCAGAGAGAAUCAACCCGGAGCUGAACCAGAAGGGCUACAACGUCAAGUCAGAUGUCUGGAGUCUCGGCAUCACCAUGAUUGAGAUGGCCAUUCUGCGGUUCCCUUACGAGUCCUGGGGGACCCCGUUCCAGCAGCUGAAGCAGGUGGUAGAGGAGCCAUCCCCUCAGCUCCCAGCAGACCGUUUCUCCCCUGAGUUUGUGGACUUCACUGCCCAGUGCCUGAGGAAGAACCCCGCGGAGCGCAUGAGUUACCUGGAGCUGAUGGAGCACCCUUUCUUUACUUUGCACAAAACCAAGAAGACGGACAUUGCUGCCUUUGUGAAGGAGAUCCUGGGAGAGGAUUCAUAGGAGGCUGGCCUCGGACCCCACUCCGGCCGUCUCCCUCUGCUGAGGCAGUGCAUGCCCACAGUCAUAAGCUACUGCCAUCCUGGCCCUGGGUGUUCUGGGAGGAAGUGAGGGGCUGCUCCCACUCGGCUCUCAACCAGCCAUUUGCCCCAAGUGCCAAAGAACCAGACCUUUCGGGGCUCCUGUGGGCCCGUGUGGGACUCAUUAGUGCCUCUACUCCUGCUGCUCCAAGGACCCUGAGUCUCCACCCCAAACCUGGACUUGGAGAGGCCUGGGUGCCCCUGCUGGAUGCUGCUUCCUUGUACAGAGACGGCAGCCAGUGGUCAAGGUCACUGCCUCAGCCCAGCCCCGGAUGCCACCAAGUUGUAUAUUUUUAUAUCUCAAUGGACUUUGCACUCUGGCCCAGUGUGGAGGAUGCAGUAAGGGGAUGAGCCACGUGAAUCCCUGCAAGACCCCCAUGAGGGAGAUGCCUUGAGCCUCCAAGGCCUUCACCCCAGCACUGCAGACAGGUCCUCCAAGGGGUUCCCCCAUCACCCGGUGCCCACCUGCCACCUCUAAGGGUAUCUGUUCACCUGUUCUUCUUCUUCUU